UUGUUGAUGAUUAGGUAACCACCGUCGUCCAUGCCAGCCCUUGGCACGUUUCUCGCUGCGCUCGAAGCCUGCCAAGGGCUGACAGGAACUCCGGUGGAAAGGUCCCGAGUUCAAGCCUCGGCUGAGUCAUCCUAUGCUUUAGAAAGCAUAUUCUCUUUUGCUUUUUGGGUGGAGAAGGUUGUGGGAGCAGUAGAGGUUGAUUUAGGAGCGUGUGCGGUGUUUUGGUCAUUUUUCACGCCUAAUUCAAUUUUUGAUAAUUAUUUUUGUGAACUCUAGACACAGAAUCGCAAUGUACCAAAUCAUGUAUCAAAUCCCUAGGUGGGGGCAAUAUUUGUUGCUUGGUAGUGAUCAAAAGUGGUACUCAUGAGCCACAACCUCGCACCACCAAACCCACCAUACGUCACCACCCACUACGAGUUCGCACACAUUCCAACUCCUUCUCAAUUACUCACACCAUUUACCAUCGAUCAUCGUUCACAAUGGCAUCAACGAGCGAUCUCGCAGAUUUGAAAACGCCGCCGGCCUGCGUUGCCGACUUCUGUCUCAUUCCACUAGGCACUCCGACAGCUUCCGUGUCCAAGGAAGUCGCAGAAGUCCAGCGCCUGCUAAAGAAGAGUGGCUUAAACUACUCGAUGCAUUCUGCGGGGACCACUGUUGGUACGUUUCACUCACCGCCAUUCUCAUCUUCCCUUCGGAGAUAUAUCGCAACA